AUGAAGGUCGAAAUUGUCGUCCGAUUCACGGACUCGGACUCCUCUAGCACCCAAUUCAGUGACCUCAAGAUUCCCUUGACCAUCAACUUCGAUCGGGAUGACGUCAACAAGCUUGUCAACACCUCAUGGUUUAGACUGAUGAUUCGAAGCAAAUCUCCAGGUACGGAACGCAGGCGUCUCCGGUUGAUCUACAGUGGAAGAGUGCUAAACGAUCAGACAAACUUCAAAGCCGACAUAUUCGAUCCCAAGUUGCGUCAGAUGCGUGAACUGGGCGAGUCGAUGGAUGAACUCCAGUUGUAUGUACAUUGCCUUGUGGGAGACCAGCUAACUCCAGAUCAGUUGGCUCACGAGAAGGAACUUGAUAGACAGGCACAAGAAGUUUCCACGGCACCGCAGGUUGUUGGCUUUGACCGGUUGUUAUCACAAGGUGUUAGCCCACAAGACGUGAAUGACCUUCGCAGGCAGUUUCAGCUGGUAUACUUGCCCGGCUUUCUUGAGAAUCUCCCAACAUCGGCAGUCAGCGAUGUCGAAGAGGAUGAAAACAGACAAGAAUUCAUUCGUCAGCUCGAGGAGCGAUGGUUGGAGUCUACCAUCAAUGGAACUACCCCUCCACAACCUACACUUGCACCAUCCACAUCCAACUACAACGGCGAACUGACUGGUGUGGAUGUGGCACCUUCGGCAGCAGCCAUGCGUGCAGCAGCUGAGCUCGAGGGCACUCAUCACAAUGAGGACUUGCUUCUAGGGCUUGUGCUUGGAGCAUUUUUGGGCGUGGUGGCGUUCAUAUUCUUGAUGAUGGACGACACCAUGUUCAACAAGAACCAGAAACUAGCGUUGGUUGUUGGAAUCUGCACCAACGUAAUGUUCGCAAUCUUCCGAGGCAGUGCCAACGUUAAUUAG